GCGGCGGCCGGAGCUGGAGGGGGAGGAGGGGAGGAACCUGAUCUCUCCGGUAGCGAAGGGCUGGAGGCAAACACCGAGCUCCCCCAGAGCCGCCCGGGAGCAGGGAGGGCACCGCUACCGCGAGGGGCCCUCCCCGCGGGGCAGAUGAAUUCAGUAUCCAGAUUCUCUGAGCCAUGUUUUGGGAUCACCCAAGCAUUCCAUCCUCCUGAAUUUUCAUAAAUUACUGGAUUCAUAACCCACUCCAUACUUGAGAAGAUGGGGAUUGGAAUAAGGAACAUUUUAGUGGAUAAACCAAAUGACCAGUCUUCAAGGUGGUCUUCAGAGAGCAACUAUCCUCCCCAGUACUUGAUUCUGAAACUUGAAAGGCCUGCUAUAGUCCAGAACAUCACAUUUGGAAAAUAUGAGAAAACUCAUGUCUGCAAUUUGAAGAAAUUUAAAGUCUUCGGUGGAAUGAAUGAAGAAAAUAUGACAGAGCUAUUGUCCAGUGGCUUAAAGAAUGAUUAUAACAAAGAAACAUUCACCUUGAAGCAUAAAAUUGAUGAACAGAUGUUCCCUUGUCGAUUCAUUAAAAUAGUUCCACUCUUAUCCUGGGGACCCAGCUUUAACUUUAGCAUCUGGUAUGUUGAACUUAGUGGCAUUGAUGAUCCCGAUGUAGUACAACCCUGUCUCAACUGGUACAGCAAGUACCGUGAACAGGAAGCUAUUCGUCUUUGCCUAAAACACUUCAGACAACACAACUAUACAGAGGCCUUUGAAUCGCUACAAAAAAAAACCAAGAUUGCCCUGGAACAUCCCAUGUUAACAGAUCUCCAUGAUAAACUGGUGUUGAAGGGUGAUUUUGAUGCUUGUGAAGAAUUGAUUGAAAAAGCUGUAAAUGAUGGUUUGUUCAAUCAGUACAUCAGUCAACAGGAAUAUAAGCCACGAUGGAGUCAAAUUAUUCCCAAAAGCACCAAAGGUGAUGGAGAAGAUAACCGACCAGGAAUGAGAGGGGGCCACCAAAUGGUUAUUGAUGUUCAAACAGAGACCGUAUAUUUGUUUGGUGGCUGGGAUGGAACACAAGAUCUUGCUGACUUCUGGGCGUACAGUGUGAAGGAGAACCAGUGGACAUGUAUCUCUAGAGACACUGAGAAAGAGAAUGGUCCUAGUGCCAGGUCAUGUCAUAAAAUGUGCAUUGACAUUCAACGAAGGCAAAUCUACACAUUGGGGCGUUAUUUGGAUUCCUCCGUGAGGAACAGCAAAUCUCUGAAAAGUGACUUCUAUCGUUACGACAUUGACACAAACACAUGGAUGUUACUUAGUGAGGAUACUGCUGCUGAUGGAGGGCCGAAAUUGGUGUUUGAUCAUCAGAUGUGUAUGGACUCAGAAAAACAUAUGAUCUACACCUUUGGUGGUAGAAUUUUGACAUGUAAUGGCAGCGUAGACGACAGCAGAGCCAGUGAACCACAGUUCAGUGGGUUGUUUGCUUUCAACUGUCAAUGUCAAACUUGGAAACUUCUUCGAGAGGACUCCUGUAAUGCUGGGCCUGAGGACAUCCAGUCUCGGAUAGGACACUGCAUGCUAUUCCACUCAAAAAAUCGUUGCUUAUAUGUAUUUGGUGGCCAGCGAUCGAAGACCUAUUUGAAUGAUUUCUUUAGUUAUGAUGUGGACUCUGAUCAUGUAGACAUAAUAUCAGAUGGCACCAAGAAAGACUCUGGAAUGGUUCCAAUGACAGGAUUCACACAGAGAGCAACCAUUGAUCCAGAACUGAAUGAAAUACAUGUCUUAUCUGGACUCAGCAAAGACAAAGAAAAGAGGGAGGAGAAUGUCAGAAAUUCAUUCUGGAUUUAUGACAUUGUGAGGAAUAGUUGGUCUUGCGUCUAUAAGAAUGAUCAAGCUGCAAAGGAUAAUCCAAGUAAAAGUCUUCAGGAGGAAGAACCAUGUCCAAGAUUUGCCCAUCAGCUUGUAUAUGAUGAGUUACACAAGGUUCAUUAUUUAUUUGGUGGGAAUCCAGGAAAAUCUUGCUCUCCAAAGAUGAGAUUAGAUGACUUCUGGUCACUGAAGUUAUGUAGGCCUUCAAAAGAUUACUUACUGAGGCACUGCAAGUACCUCAUAAGAAAACACAGGUUUGAAGAAAAGGCCCAAAUGGACCCUCUUAGUGCUCUGAAAUAUUUACAAAACGAUCUUUAUAUAACUGUGGAUCAUUCAGACCCAGAAGAGACGAAAGAGUUUCAGCUCCUAGCUUCAGCUCUGUUCAAAUCUGGUUCAGAUUUUACAGCUCUAGGCUUUUCCGACGUGGAUCACACCUAUGCUCAAAGAACUCAGCUCUUUGACACCUUAGUAAAUUUCUUUCCUGACAGCAUGACUCCCCCUAAAGGCAACCUGGUAGAUCUCAUCAUGCUGUAACUGGAGAGCCGCUGGACAGCAAUGCAGAACAGGAGUCUGCGUUCAGUAUUUUGGAGUUCAACUCUGUUGACCAACAAUUAGGCUGCCGUGAUCGAGGACUGCACCAGAAUUUUGAAGGGAUCUUUACUGUCACAAGUUUUAACCCUCUUCCUUCAUACCCCACCUCAGCCCCUUUCUCCUCAUCCUGUUCCUGAAUUAGGUUAAUAAAGUGAAAUUGGUAUUCUUUCCAUUUAAAUAUAUAUAUAUUUUUUUCUUACUUUAACUUUUAAGAACGAAUGAAUAUAAAAGAAGAAAUAAUCAGGCAGUUUACCCUUUUCUGAUUUUUAUUUGAUUUUUAUAAAACUGGGGCAAAUAAGCACUAUUAACAGACUCAGUGCUAGAAAGAAGAAUGGGGUUUUGUUGUUGGCUGGUUUGGCCUCUCCCCUUUCUCCUCCUUUCCCAUUUCACUUUGCCUCGCAUCACACAACUGCUUGUAAGUGGUGUCACUUGUUUACCUCUUCAGUUCAUUCUUAAAAGUAUAUAGUUCUGUAGGGCAAGUGAUGUAUGUUAAAGUGAUUUAUGUGUCUCUGUUGACUAGAGUCUUGUAUUACAUUCAACAGUAGGAGGAACAGAGGGCUCAAAUUUAUGCUCCUUGUCAUAAAACUAAAAAAUGAAACCCAAGAUUGAUCCAGGUACUAUCUGAGAUUGGUAUAUAGUAUUUCUGUAAUGAUAUAUUUUAUAGUGGAUAUUACAAUAGCUUUGAGUCACAGAAACCUUAAACUGAGGAGAAUAUAGUUCAGAACCUUUAAGAGCCAAUAUAAACAUGACCAGCAAGAUGAUUCUAGUCGUCAUUAAUAUGUUCAUUGAUGUCUUUGUAGCAAAUUUUGGAAGAAAAUGACUCUUUCCUCUGGUAGAGGUGUGAUUCCAUGUCUCCUUUGUGCUCUUGGUAGCAUUUUCACUUGGGAGUGUGGGUUUCCAGAGCUGUGCUUCUGUUUAUUUCCAUAUACAUUAGCUCCCUGCAGCUGCUUCUGUAUACUGCUAUCUUAAAGAAUAAUGGUUUGUAGUUGUCCGAUGGAAUACAGCUGAUAGGCAUUUCACAAAACACACACAGGCUUUAAAGUGGAGAAAAAGAAAAUAAUGGUGCAGGUAUUGUUUUCAUUAAAAGAAAGGCAGAUAGGCUUUCUCACUGUUCUUUUUGGGGGGGGAUGGAGGUAUAUAUCAUUCCAUAAGGUGCUGUGGGGUACAGUAUAGGAAGCCCAAACCUGGCCAGUGCUUGCAUUUACUCAAAAAGUGUGCUGCAUGCAACUGACACCCACCAUGCCUAAAGCCGACUAAGUACAAUAAAUGUCCGUCAGUCCAGUAGCUCUGAAAAGUGAAGGACUUUGUGGAAUUGAGUAUGUCCCUGAGUAGCAAGAUUAGGCCUCACCAAAGAAAGAGAAGACUUUGACUUGCACUUUCGAAAAGUCUCAUGUAUAGGAAUGAGACUGAGAUCCCUCUUCACUCUGUCUUUAUUGCUUGGCUUCACUGCUUUUGGGAAUGGACAGAAAUCUAGUUUUUCCUAGUUCUAGACUUGAAUCUUGGGCUCCUUAGCUUUCCAAGCAUCCCAAAGCUAUCCAUAGUGCUUUAUUAAACAAUUAGAUUUGUAUCUUACCUUGUGAAAGCUAUAGUAUGUAAUUCACGAAGUACCAAAUUGUGCAGCUACAUAAUAACCAAGUGACUUUAUAGGUGAGCAAAUAGAAUCUUACAUUCUUGUACAUCUUCAUAAAAUGAUAGUCCCCUGACAGUCAAGAAAUAAAAUAGUAUCACUAAUACUGUAGCCUGUUGAAUCUUGUUUUGUGGAAACAAGUACAAAUCAAAGAGUCGAUAGGGAAGAACUUGACAGUUUCUAAAUUUAAAAGCUCUAGUUUGCUUGCCGUGAAUUCUGGCACUUUAAACACACUAACCAAAUGAAAGUCUGCUGCCUCCACGUUUUGUUUCUACAGUGCUUUCUCUGUCGCUGUUAUUCAUGAGUUCCGCUGUUAUUCAUGAGUUCCGUAGAUUCCAUAUUUGGAAGAAACGCAGUUCUUGACCUCAGUGAUUUUGUUUUUGUUUUUCCCUAAAUGACUCUCUACUAUUGCUUUUUAACAUAAGCUUGUUUUAAUUUUAUCUUUCCUCACUUUAUUUAGAUGGAACUUUUGCCCUUUACUUCAUUUCUGAAUUUUUUUUCACUAACAUGUUUAAAUGGGGCUGAAUCAUAGUAAACCAUCCAGUGUUGCCUAAGUGAGAUACACUGUUGAGGAGGUUGUUGACUCGGUAGAGUUUGUGCCAUGGGGCUCUAAAGGAGCAUUGCUGGCAAUGACUGCAGGAGAACGUAGGGCUUCAUAUUAUCCAUGACCAACAUGACACAUUGCUCACAUUUCACAGCAGAACCUGAUUUGAAACUUGUUUAUAUAUUUAGUGAGGAGCUACAUAUAUUUCCAAGAAUACCAGCGGUGUAUUAUAAUUUAACCUAAUUUGGUAUUUAGAUACAGUGUUUAGGUAGGCCAAAUUAUCUGUGCUUUUAUUCCUUGAAAUGCUUUCAUUCUAGCUUAGUGAGUCCCAGUUGAAACACCUGGCUGAUGCUUUAGAUGCAUUCGUUAGUAGGGCACAGUUUACUCAGUUUCAUUAUCUCUUGCUUCAGCUUCAUUCCCAUUUCUCUCUUUCACAGGGGAAUGCAUUAUUCUAGAAAGUAAACUAGAUCUCUAACAUUAUUUUCCGUGCUUGUACUUGAUGAGAAAUUAUCUGAUUUGAAAGAUACUUCUAAAAUGCAUUUGUAUGCUGUGGAAUAACAGAGACCUCAUGUGGCCAGUUUGACUAAUUCAGAUAAUCUCAAUCUCCUUCAAGCAAAGGAAUCCAGACUUGGGUGCCUGACUCAGUGCUCAAGCUGACAGUCUUAGCUUUUCAUGAGAUUAUCUUUUUAGACCUGGUUUGCACUGAUGCUAAAACUGACCUGUCCAUGUCUAAUAAGUAGAAACUGAUAGAAAACAUUAGAAAGUUAAUUUACUGGUUUAUCACAGAAAGGCUUGUUGGGUUUAGAGCACAGUGAUUUAAGAUUAUAAAACUGCAUUCUUGGGUGAAAUAUGUAUUUUGAAUAUAAAUGGUUCCCAGCUUAUCCUUCUAGCAGAUCUCUUCACAUCUGCCUUAAAAGUGCUAUUUAGAGAUACAUUAACAGAAUUUUAUGUAAUAAAAAAGUGAAAAUCUAACCUACAAACAAAAACUGCAUUGAGAAUGAUGUUCAGUGGAUCCAAAAGCACUUAGGAACAUGUUCUUGAUUUUAUUCUCUGAAUUAUACUGUUUCAUGGUUAUAACACGAAGAAGUCAUAAUUAUUCUUAACACCAUAUGGAAUUCAUUUGGUAAUUAUGGGUCAUUUACUUAUUUCCUGAGUGAAUGUUGUGUUAACUCUUUAGCUGGUUGAAUGUUACUGGCAGUUGGGAAUUACGGUUUGAAGUGAUUUGUAUGGGAGGGGAUCAUUACAAUGUGUACUCUAAACAAAGUCAUCUAGCUAUUAAAAACAUAGCCUUCAUAACCCUUCUUUUCUUAAAAAUCCAUGAUUGUCUGCAGUUUCAUCCUUUUGCAUAAAUUCUGGGCUGAGUUUUUACUAAGUUUCAGGUUCUUAAAAUUGUCCUUGAUCUGGGAUUGCAUGCUUCCUCAGAAAAAGUUUAUAGUUAUUGGAGAGUGUCCUAUAGGGUCUGUAUAUGACAAUACUUGUAGAUUAGAUCUUUGGGCUCUUUCACUCAAAGGUUUUUGUAUUUCUUAUUAGUCAAAUAACAUUCUUCUGUGAUUUUUGACUAUAGCUUAUAUCUUCCUGUGAUUUGUAUCAAUGCUGAAAUGAUUUGACUAUCCAAAAUUUCUAGUGUAGAGGUAUCUCAGUUGAAGGUGGACGUUUCCAAGUUUGUUGAAACAGUUCAUUAGGAGCCAACUAGAUCAGCUGAAUGAUGUUGCCAUUGUUUGUUUUGGCAGGAGGACUCAUUACAAUUUAUUGAGUUCUUCACCAGAUGCUUUUUUUCCUGGACAAAAAUAUGCUAUCUUAGAGAUUUUAUUUUACAUAAUUUCUUAACCUUGAUUUCCUCCUGCCUACCAAAUAGUGUGAAUUUUACAUCCAUUAUUUCCUUAGCUGACCUGACUUUAUUCUUGGCUUUUUCAGCCCUAGAUUCCCUAGGUUUUCUUUGGCAAUGCUUAUGAGUGUUGUACCACUUAAGAGAAAAGGUCAAAAUCAUUUUGAGGCAAACAUGCUGUUUUAUCCUUGUUUAUGACAACAGAAUAGUGAAAUUUAAAAUUGUCCAUUAUGAAAGAAUUAAUAAUGUUGAGACAUUGCUGUCAGAACCCUUGAGUCCUUUUCAUUUGGAGGCUAGUAACAUGGCUCUGGUGGCCUUAAUGGAGGAGCUAGUGUUGGCUUCUUAUCUUGACCCUAGGAAGCAUAGUCCUAAAACUGAGGAUCAUGUACAAGUUUCAUAGCAGAGCUCAUGGAAUUCAGCACAUCACCAGAUUUCCAUUUGCCCGUUGCCUUUUUUUUAUUUUAGCCUUUUUCCCUCUAUUCCUACUACCUCUGAGUAGCAUUGAUGUUCUGCUGAAGUUGGAAUCUGUGUUAAAAAUUGACUUUCAGUUUCUGAUGUAAUUGUUUAUUAGGAAUAGCUUUGAUUGCUAUGAAAUGAUUGGUAUUUGUUCAUUUUUUAAAUUAUCACUGAUAAUCAUGAAAUAAUUCACCUUCCUUUUUAUCUGCGGCUUAGACAGUUUCAAUGAACUAUCAAGCAUUUGUGUGCAGCAUCCUAUUUUGCCCAUCUGUAUGGCAUUUUCACUUGGAGGAAUUGAACCCCAGGAACAGGGCUUGAGGAGAAUGCGGAUAUGUUAGAGAAAGGAAAAUAGGAGCUUUUUGCUCAUGGAUGAGAACGUCCACAAAUCUAAAUGAAAAAGAAAGCUCUCCAUUUUGAACCCUAAAUUCAUUUUGCUGAUGCAGUGCUGUGAAGAUGACUAUCUAAAGGAAUCACAGCUCAGUUAUUCCGUGUCGUCUUUGGAAAGCAGCAUUCCUGGUUAGUUUCUUUUCUCAUUUUCUCCCAAAGAGCUGUUAGAGGUCUUGGAACAGAAAACCCACUGUGAUGGGCUCAAGAUUUUAAACUAGCUGAGCAGUUUCUUAUGUUCAGCCAGUUUCUUGAGAAGGAUCCAGUGGGAAAACCAGCAAUAAAACAUUCUGACAUGCAGUUUUGGGGCUCCCAUGGGACUUGCUUUUUCAUCAUGUUGAAGCUCUUGCCACAGCACAAGCUCUGUACCAUCUGGGAUGCUAGCAUUCACAGCAGUUAGUGUGGAUAUCUGAGCUGUCUGCCACACCAAUACCAGCCUGAAGAGAUCAUCAUUUUUCAGUUUCGCCCAGUGCUUAAUGACUGCCAGAUUAAUUGGCAGGAAGGAAAAGCACUGUGUGAUAUACUGAACAGGCCUGUGUGCAUGAUUAAGGAGUUGCUCAAGUAGCCGGUUUUGAGCUUUAUUUCUCUCUUUAGUUAACAAAUCUCAAGAAAGAAAAUCUUUGUUACAGUUUAGCCAGUGUCAUUUGGUUGGGGUUUAUUUUCUAGCCUUUUAAAAUAGGAAGAAAAUUGUCAUUUCAUGUUUAACUUACAACCCAUACAGAAUUACACUGGCAUCAAUUGUUUUCUCUACUUUAAAAUUAAUUACGCAUAAUCCCAUGGGUCACUGUUUAUCUACUUUGCCAAGAAAUCCAUGAGUUCUGGCAUUAGAAGUAUUUAAUAAUUUUGGAGGUGCCUGGGUAGCUCAGUCAGUUGAGCUUAGGUCUUGAUUUUGGGGUUGUGAGUUCAAGCCCCACGUUGGGCUCCAUGCUGGGCCUGGAGCCUACUUAAAAAAAAAAAAAAGGUAUGG